AAUCUAACAUUCCCUUGUUUCAUUUCAGCCGUCACAAUGGCGAAAGGUGAAAGGCGUGGUGCAGUGGACUCCGUUCGUACAAACCUACAAGAAACAGAAGUACCUCUGGGUUCAGCUGGCCGGACACCAAGGCAAUUUCCGAGCUGGAGACGAGGGCACCAUUCAGAAGCGGCUCUGUGGUCGAGAACAGGAGUGCCUCAAACAGCUCAUGCUGGACCCGCUCAGGCCAUACGUACCCGAGUACAGGGGACAGAUCGUCACGGAGGACGGUGAAGACUUUCUGCAGCUGCAGGACCUGCUCGGAGAGUUUGAGGAGCCCUGUGUCAUGGACUGCAAGAUCGGCGUCCGCACCUACCAGGAGGACGAGCUGGCCAAGGCCAAGGAGAAGCCCAAACUCAGAAAGGACAUGUACGAUAAGAUGAUGCUGAUCGACAAAUCAGCUCCCACCGACGAAGAACAUCGACUGAAAGCAGUCACCAAGCCCAGAUACAUGGUGUGGAGGGAAACGAUCUCAUCCACUGCCACCCUCGGCUUCCGCAUCGAGGGCAUCCGCAAGAGCGAGGGCUUCUCCAGCAAGGACUUCAAGACGACGCGGAGUCGGCAGCAGGUCAAGGAGGCUGUCACCAUGUUCACAGAGGGAUACCCUGACGCAGUGAGUCAGUACCUAGAGAGACUGGAGCGGAUACGAGCGGCGCUCAGCGAGUCGCACUUCUUCAAAACGCAUGAGUUUAUCGGCUCGUCUCUCCUUUUUGUCCACGACGCGUCGCACGCCUCUGUGUGGAUGAUCGACUUCGCCAAGACGACUCCGCUGCCUCCCGGCGUAAAUAUCAGUCACGGCGCUCCCUGGAGGCCGGGAAACCACGAGGACGGCUACCUGACCGGCAUCACCAGUCUCAUGAGCAUCCUUCGAGAGAUGGAUGCCGAGGCUAGUCCCUGAGCAGGACGACCGGGAGCCUUCCGAGCAGUGGAGACAUUUGUGAGAGAGAUGCCAGCGGAGGCCAGCCCCUGGACGGACAAUGGGAUGGGAUGGAUUUUUGAGAGGUAUACUUCAUUGAAGACAGGUUGCGAGCGUCAACAGCACCAGGAAAAGACAAAUGCUAAGAUCAAGAGCACUAUCAACACCCGGUGAUGGCAGUAUUAGACAAAAACGGCUUUGUUUCUGAUAAAGUCGAAACACGUGACCACGGACUCAUGAGAUGUUUUCUGGCAAUAUCAAGGAAGCGUUAAAUUUACACAGUCAAAACAGGCGUGAAUGGUAUGCCUCCAGUGUUGAGACGAGCCCUUUGUUUGUGAAACCUAGAUGAAUUUCUCCUUUUCUUGUUUUGAAACAACAUGACAAAGGACCUGUAACUAUUUUUCCUGAGUGCACAAAUAACAUUUUUAUCACUUUGAAGACAAGAUCUGGGUGCUGCGCUUGAAGGAAGACAAGUGAAAGUGGAAGACAAGUGGUUUCAACGAUAUGAAACGUUGUAAAUGAGAGGUGGCUUGCUUGCAUCUGUUGAUUCAAGCUCAUGCGCAGGCCAGCUUUGGUGAUGUGUUUUAUUUUGGUAACAAUCCACAAUGACAUACACUUUUUAUCUCCUGAUGAUGCUAACUAAUACAUACGCUGGCUUCAGAAAGGGCGAUGAGACCUAUUUAGACCGAUAUAAUUGUCUCUGUGUGCAUUUCGCAGUUUGUUAUUCAAAUGACAACUGAGUGGAAAAUGACUUUCAAGUCUUCUGUGAAUUGAGUGCUCAACAUCGCCUGCCUUGAAAAAGUCACUCGAAUCCUGAACCGGAAAUGUCAACUUUCAUAAGCGGAUACCUUCAAAAGCCAAUCGUCCAUCUUCAAAAGCCCAUUUCGAUUGGUCUACGUGACAACCGAUAUUGUUAUCGUGCCUGUGACUUAGCUUUUGAUAAUGUCAAGACCCACGGCAUCCCCAAAUCGCCUACAAAGCGUUCUGACGGUACCCAUUGGUUCACACGAGUGUCGCCGAAAUGUUCGUUGGUGUGUACAGUGAUCCUCGGUGGCCUCCUGAUUGGCUCAGGGAUGACAGCUCUGUAUCUGUCGGUCUGUCAACGCCCAACACGGCCCUAAACCUAGCCUGGGGCUGGACAGAGGCAGCUGCUGUCCUGUGUCUCCGCCUCUCUGUGUCUUAUCCGCCGCGUGGGCCGGGUGCGGCGCCGUCUGGGCCUUUGGAUCUCGUCGCCCGUCGAGUGCCCAGUGGCCGGUGUCUGAAGGUUGGGUGUCGCGGGCCGCUAAGACGGACCCUCGGCGCGCUAUGUGAUGGUGUAGUGAGCUGCGGGAGGGUGACGUGUGCCGGUUUGUGCCUAGCUGUGUUGGGUUCAGGAUGCCGAUGCGCACAUAUUGUGUUUAUCGCAUAACCUCGGGUACACGCGCGCGAUUGUUUGAGCUAUGUUUACCUCGCGCAGACAGCGUGUCGACGCCUCCAAUGUACAAAGGCAUACACGAUGCCGCUGUAUUGAAGGGAAUGUAUCAGUCAUGUAUGGUGCUUAUUAUAAUUUGCAAUAGAA